GGAUAGAGUGAGAUGGGAGUUGUAUGAAAAUUACACUCAAUAUUCCUGUGUGAAAAUUUCUCCAGAAAAUUCAGAGUGUGCGAAUGUUUGAUAAAAAGUCUCGUUUCAACCAUUUUUCCAUCUAAUUGCUGGCAGUGAAGAGUCUCGCUUCUCGCUGAAGGAACUCCCCCCGGGGGGACGCGCUGCUUCCAGUGAAAAUCAAUUAUAGGGUGAGAAAAAGCGUUUGCUUGCGAGGUGGCUCUUUUGCGCUCAACAGUGGGGCUUCUGUGGCUGAAAGGUACCUUUUGAUAGGCACACAACGAUUUCAUCUUCGUCCACUAAUCGACCGUAGCAUCGGAGGGAGGAGACGUGGCAAAUUUUCCGGUGAAUUUUCCUUUGUCUGACAACAAGAACGGACGCUCGGAAUCGAUUGAAUGUGAACGUCACGGAAGUGCAGAGAGAUGUUUUGAUUGAUCGCUAGAAUGGGCUUCUUGCACUAGUGUCCCUCACUCUGCCGGUGACCCCUGAUCUUUUCCUCGGCCGCUAGGGCGGCUAAAUAGUUGCGAGUGUGGGCGGCGCACGGGGGAAGAGCGUUGGAAGUACUUUAUUUUCACUGUGACGUGCGUGAGGAGAGAAUAAAAAGAAUUCCUGGGCAACAGAAUGCAGAGAAAUAACUCGUAAAUAAUGCUGGGACUGAGAGGAUGUGGCAUAGCUGAGAGGGAAAGCCUAAAAACACCCUGAAAAGCCACAACGAACAUGAGAAGAAGACUCCGGGGGUCUGUCUAUGGUGUGGAUGAAACGGAUUCUCACUCAGGAGACCACCGACUACUGCAAGACUUCCACCCUGGCACCGGUACUACCGCAAGCCAACACCAUCUCGUCGACCUCGGCGGCCCUAGGCAGUGCCAUUGUCAUCAGCAGCAGUGGCAGUCAGACCAGCAGUCGGACCACGUCGCCACUGCUGUUUCAGGCCCUGCCACCGCCACCCCCGCCACUAUUGCACAACCACCGAUCCACCAUCGAGGAGGUGGCACUGAAGAAUUGCCUCGCCACGAUCCGGUGCUCCGUAGCCUCACCGCAGAUCACAUUCCCACCGCCAUCACCGCUCAAUCGCUCCUGCCCUGCUGAACCGUUCACUGUGACGCCAUUCUACCACCACCCACGCCGCUUUCCGCGCUUCCAGACACUUCUGGGUGAGCGUGUGGCUUCGUCGUCGGCUAUCUCCACACCCAGCGGACACUUGUUCCUCUCUUCCGUGGACCUGGCGCUGGGCAAAGCGCAGCAGCAAGACUUCCUGUCACUCUCCCUGUCGCCGCCGCUCAACCGACGCCGUGACAUGCCGGCGCUGCGGGGACCCUUCGUCAGUCUAUCCGAACCACGAUCCGGGACAACAGAUGAGCCUUACGCCGAGUCUCCAGAUAGCAGUCUAUAUGGGAGCGACGAGGAACAGGAGGACGUCUCCCAGUAUUGCCGCGGAGGCUAUCAUCCCAUCGUGAUUGGCGAUGUGUUUGACAAUCGCUACCGUGUUGUGCGGAAGCUGGGAUGGGGGCACUUUUCCACUGUGUGGCUCUGCUGGGAUAUCGAGGACGAAAAGUACGUGGCUUUGAAGGUGGUGAAGAGUGCUCCGCACUACACUGAGACGGCCACAGAUGAAAUUCACUUGCUGGAGGUGAUCAGCACGGCGGAUCCAUUUGAUUUGAAUCGUGAUAAGAUCGUGCGGCUGCUCAACAACUUUACUGUGCGUGGCGUGAAUGGCGUGCACACGUGUCUGGUGUUUGAGGCGCUGGGAUGCAGUCUGUACAAGUUGAUCGUGAAGAAUAACUACCAGGGUUUGCCGCUUCAUCUUGUGCGCUCGGUGAUCAAGCAAAUGCUUCAGGGCCUCGAUUAUCUGCACACGAAGUGUCACAUUAUCCACACGGACGUGAAGCCAGAGAACAUUCUACUCGUUAUGGACAACGUGGCAGUGGUCAAUCAGCAGAUUGAUGAUGAAAUCAUGUCAAUGAGAGCACGCGGAGUGGAAUUUCCAGACUCCUACGUGAGUGCAUUUGAGAAGCGCUCACUCAAUCGCAGCAGCAUCGAGGAGGACCUUCUAAAGAGCACACCCAUCUCGUCAUCUGGCACAUCCAAGCAGACCACCGGCACUACAAGUAUUGACAUCUCGUCACCGUCCGAGGAAGAGGGCGUGAGUGUGGGCGCUGAUCGUGGAGUAGCGGCGAACAUGAUGGCCUUUCGGCAGCAAUCGAGCCUCGAGGAUUUUGUGGACAAUUCCGGAGCGGCAGCCAUGGCUGGCAUUCUCACAGGAUCUGACUUUCCGGGGCGCUAUCGCGUGGAGAGACGCAGUAGUCAAGCACAAUUGGCCAAACUCGAGUUGGCCGCCUUAAAUGAAAGGACAGGGACAACGUCUGAAUUAACAAAGGACCAAACCAAGGCAUAUAUGCCGUCUACUCAAUCAUAUUCGAGCACUCUUCAGUCGAUAAUCAACGGGAACAGUAUUCGUGUGAAAAUUGCCGACUUGGGAAAUGCUUGUUAUGACUAUCACCACUUCACGGAAGAUAUUCAGACUCGUCAGUAUCGGUCCGUGGAGGUGCUCCUGGGAGCCCCGUACAACUUUACAGCGGAUAUCUGGAGCACGGCAUGCUUGGCAUUUGAAUUGGCCACAGGAGACUAUCUGUUUGAUCCACAUGCCGGCGAUAACUACACACGCGAUGAGGAUCAUUUGGCGCAUAUCAUCGAACUCUUGGGAAACAUUCCACCAAGUUUAAUCUUCCGUGGGAAGCACGGGAACAAAUACUUCACCAGCACUGGUCACUUGAGGAAUAUACUGAAAUUGAAACCGUGGGGCCUCCAGAACGUGUUGAUUGAGAAAUACGAGUGGGAUCCAAUUGAGGCACGAGAUUUCACGGACUUCCUGCUGCCGAUGCUCCAUUUCAAUCCCAUCCUUCGAGCAUCUGCUGCACAAUGCUUGAAGCAUCCGUGGCUCGAGUGAACGGGUGCG